GAACCAAGGGACUAUCAGUGGAUGAAAGAAAAGUAGAAGCAGUGCAUGCAUAUGGGGAAUUGAGGAAUACGACUCACAUCAGACAAUUUAUGGGAUUAGCUGGCUACUAUUCCCGGUUCAUUCAAGGAUAUCAGCAACUCGCAAGACCACUAGUAGAAUUAACGAAGAAAAAUGCUAAAUUCGUUUGGGGAAAGGCUCAAGAGAAGGCAAUGCAGUGGAUUAAGGAUGCGUUAACAACCGCGCCGGUGUUGGCGUAUCCUAACAUGAAAACGCCUUUCUCAUUGACAACAGAUGCUUCAGAUAUAGGUUUAGGUGCAAUCCUUUCUCAGUUCGACAUAGAAGAAGAAGAUGUAGAAUACGUAGUUCAGUAUGCAUCGAAAGCACUAUCACCAGCAGAAAGAAAUUACAACACCACUCAUCGAGAAGGAUUAGCAGUAAUAUGGGGAACAAAGAAGUUCGAGCGAUAUCUCAGGGGAAGAGAAUUUAUCAUCUAUACGGACCAUUCAGCACUAACUAGCAUCCUCACUGUCAAGGAACCACGUGGAAGAGUUGGAAGAUGGGCCAUGCUAUUGCAAGAGUAUAAUUUUAAGACUAAAAGGAGAUCAGCCAUGGACCCAAUACAACUUGAAGCACUCAAGAACAGUAAUGCUAGUGAAUAUAGAUUCCUCCGAGACGGUACCGUAUUGAAGCGACUAAACGACAAAUGGAAAAGA